AUGGUAAAAUCCACAUCCUUUUUAAUCAGUCAACAGUGUGAAUUAAUUAACAAUGAAAAUGGCCCCAAAAGAAAGAAAAGAGUUCAUAAUAUCUUAACUGAACAGCUAAAUUUGUUAAAUAAUCCCUCCAUAAACACUGAUAAUACUAAUUCCACCAUAGCUAGUACAAAUCACAGCAGUAUUAGAUCCGUUAAACCUAUUAGAACCGUGAGCACUCCCAGUAAAAUAGGCGUCAACACUCAAUUCACCAAAAGUCGAAGCCCACCCAUUAUUCCAAGUACCAGUAAGAUUGUAAACAAAGUCAAAAGAGUUACCAAGGAAGUUAAGAAGUCAAAUAAACUGGAUAAAAACUUUAUUGAACUAUUAACUGGAGAAAACAAUACAAUUCAACAAGAGUUCAAUCCUACACUUAAGCUACGUGAGCAGGUUUGCCAAUCUCACGUUAUGAAGAGUUUGGGAGGCUAUAAGUUCAUAGAAGGCAACAAGUUUGACAAUUUUGUGAUUUCAAUACUGCCGAAGAUGGACAAUAACAAACUUAUCUCAAAAUACUAG